AUGUCUCUGAGAUUACACCCAAUUAAAUAUUUAAAUAUCGUGUUUUACCGUAAUUACCAUGUGCUGGGUAACGGCUGGAAUCCGACUCGUGUGCAAUACACAAAGUAUCGCAUUACUAAACCAUGGUCAAAUGACUCUAAAUACGAUGACAUUUUACUCGCCGAGCCUUCAAAGAAUGAUUUUUACACAAUGUCCAAGGAAAUGCCUAUUUUCCUCAAGUUUUUAAACUUAAUAACUGUAGUGCAAAAGAGACCUCAGGUUUUCCGUGAUUUUGCCCAAAGAUGCGAAGAUGGACUUGUUGUCGAAAAGGAUGUCUAUAUAACUAAACAAGAGCUAAUUGAUAAUAUGUGGGAGAAUGGUUUUAGCGAGAAGGAAAUGAAUGCUUUCAAGUUUGCCUUCCCAGAUGACUACAAGUUUCAUUAUCCCGAAUUAGCAGUGCUUUUUGACCUAAGCGAGGAAGAUUGCUAUAAGUUUUGCAUCAAAACAAGGGCCAGCAAACCUGAGGAGCUUGUCGAGCUUAAUUUUAAACAGCCUAAAAACCUAAUUUCAAGUUACGGGUUGAUAUUUUUGGGCUGCUGGUUCGGGUUGUGCAAUGCUGUGCUUGGAAACGCUUGGUUUUUUGCAAAAACUCUUCCUUUUGGGGCAGUUUUUUACAUGCUAGCUUACUAUUAUCAGCGUACAAUUAAGGAAUAUUUUUGGAAGGAUCAAAAAUUGCUUAUUGAUAAGGCGUUGGACGAUAAAUUAUCUAGUGAGGAAGCAAUUUAUACGCAAAUUAAGAAGUACAAUGAUGAUGCCAGUUGCAAUCAUCACGUAAUUAAUUUUAAGGAAUCGCUAGAAGAGCAAUUAAAGGAUUUUCACAUAUCAAUUAUUAGUUCCAUGAAGGAAUUGAUCACCAAAUCAGUCCUAGACAAGUUAGCCUCUAUAACAUUGCAAAAAGAAUUUAUUGCUGUUAGUUUACAGAAUGAAAUGAUUGAUGAAGUAAUUUUGGAUUUUAAGAACAAAUUUGCCAGCAAUAAAAAGCUCCAAGACGAUAUCAUCAAGUCUGCGAUAUCAGAAAUUGAACAAGACUAUUCCAAUGAACCUGUUACCACUACUAUUAUCAAUACUUUAAAGGACAUACAGAACAAUAAAUCACCCAUCAUUGCUAAACUCGAAUCCAGCAUAAAUGAUAAAGAAAAGGAACUUAUUAGAUCCUGUACAAUAAGAACUGAAGAGGUUGAAACUAUCGCAAAAUUAAAAAGGGCAUGCUCUGCUAAAUACGGUGACAUAGAUGUUACUAAAUUGCCUGCGGAUGAAUUUAAGAAAUUACAAAUGUUAUACGACAAUAUACAUUCUAGAUUGGGCAUGCCCUUUUCCAAACUUUACGACAUUUUACCCAGCAUAAACAUUCAGACCAAAUUGAAUGCCAAAGUUGAGUAUGAGAAUAUUUUGCGGAAUGUUAAGAAUUCCCACCUCAACACUUUUCUAUCAUCAUUUUAG